AUGGGCAGCAACGGACGGAAGUGUCUGGGCGUAUACGAGAGACACGGAGAGAUUGGACACGGCACUUAUGGCACCGUAUACCUCGGAUACCACGUCGAGUCUCACGUUCGUGUAGCUAUUAAAAAAGUACUAGGGCCACUAAACGCUGGACGCCACGAAGCCGCUCUUCUUACGAAAUGUCAAGGCGCUCUUCACGUCGUACAGCUAUUGGAGGUGAUAGAACACCAUGAGAAACUCUAUUUGGUGCUGGAAUACAUGGACAGUGAUCUAGAGACACUAAUUCGUGGGACAGAGACGCUAAAGGUGGCACAAGUGAAGGCUUAUUUGAAAAUGUUGCUGCUUGGUGUCCAGGAGCUUCAUUCGAGAGGAAUUUUACAUCGUGAUUUGAAACCAAACAAUCUGUUGCUAUCCAAGACGCAACAUUGUGCCAAGAUCACGGAUUUUGGGAUGGCGACGAUGAUUGAGAAGGCAAGCGAGGAAGAGGAAGAAGAGACAGAGGCAGCAUUUGAGAAGAAGAAACCCAAGAGGUCGGUGCAAGUAGUCACAAGAGCUUAUCGAGCACCCGAGAUUUUCUUUGGUGAAGAAAGAUAUGGAGUUGAGGUCGACAUGUGGUCCGUGGGCUGUAUCUUUGCCGAGAUGCUGUUGCGUCGCCCAUUAGCUGAUGGAUCCUCAGACAUUGACCAGCUGAGCAAGAUCUUUGCUAUUUUGGGAUCUCCACAUGAGAAUGGAUGGGAAGAAGCAGCUCAGUUGCCAUUUUAUCUUCGGUUCAAGGACACAAAUCCGACGCCACUGAGGGAGCAGUUUUCAAUGCUGUCACCUGCAGGUGUCGACCUUUUAGCUCAAUUGUUGAAGCUAGACCCAAAGCAACGCAUUUCAGCACGCAAGGCGCUCGAGCACGAGUUCUUUAGUGAAAGCCCCGAGUCAUCAGCAACGUCCGAUCUGAUUAACGCGAAUGUGCCGGACCGUGUUGGACUUCCUGCAAUUGAUGACAUUGACGUCAAUGUGGCGUCAGACGUGAGCAAUACAUCUACAAUCAAAGGCCGACGUCUGUUGUAG